AAAUCUCAUUUUACCCAUUACCAAUCAAACUUCCUCUUUCGAUAGCGAAAAUAUUAUUAAAAACUGGGAAGUUAUUCCAAAUUCCUAUUCCGAUACUUUUUCAAUAUUUUUGAAAAAGACAUUGUAUUGGAUAGAUAAUUUAAAGGUUUUGGAGGAACCACUUUCAUGAUAUUAAUAAAGAAAUGCUCUGUGGACUAAGGAAUCGGCAUUCACUACAGUACAGAACAAAAGACAUUGCUACAGAAAUCAUCCAGGAUUGAUUUGCCUUCAAAUAUACCAACAGAAAGACAUUCUUGUUGUGAUGAUUUAAUGGAUGAACCUUUGAUUAGCUGACCUUUACACUGUUGCCUCAAAAAUUGAAUGCUCAGAGAAACGAUAGCAAGGAUGCAUGUACAGAGAAGGGGUUCCAAGAGGACCGUGUAUUGCACGUAGUACAAAAAAUGACGUCAGAGCGACCUUUGUCGUCUGGUCUCUAUGAGUAUACCAACGAGCCCCGCCAUUCAUCUCCCGUCAGUUCCGGAAGCUUUACUUCCGGAGAGGGACUUUCCGGUCGGGAGGAGGGAUAUGACUUUGAUUUCAUCAUCAGAGACGAAAAGUACGACUGUCCAAUUUGUCUCCUUGUUUUGAGGGAUCCAUUGCAGACGACAUGUGGACAUCGCUUUUGUAAAAACUGCAUCAACAAAUGGCUCAAGGAGUCCGACCAGAGGUGUCCGAUAGACAACAUGCCGAUCACAGAAUCCCAGCUGUUUCCGGACAACUUUGCGAAGCGCGAAAUUCUGGGCCUCAGUGUCAAAUGCCCCAACUCCAAAGAAGGCUGUCAAGUGAUCGAGACUUUGAAAAAUAUCCAGAGACACCUUGACGAGUGCCAGUACGUGCCCAUACCCUGUCCCAACAGAUGCAGCCACAUCCUCCUCAGGAGGGACAUUCAGGAGCACCUAUCCCACAUCUGCCACAAAAGAACCCUCAUUUGUAACCAGUGCAGCUCGGAGGUGUUAGCUGAGGAGAUGCAGGAACACGAAGAUGACCAAUGCCCCAUGGCAAUGGUACAGUGUCCGCACUGCGCCAUGGAGUUAAUGCGUGAACAGCUGCAAAGACACUAUGACCACGAUUGUAUGCGGCGGUCCAUAGACUGCGUCUACUCCAAGCUAGGCUGUAGUGUAGGAAAGAUUCCUAGAAGCGAAAUGGGCAAACAUAUUCAGGAAAACCUGCACAACCACAUGCAGCUUAUGUGUCAAGCAUUAACCAACAUCCACCGGCGGCUAAACAUUCCCGCCAAUAAUCAGCUCACCCACAGCCAUUCCUUACCCGACCGAACGGAACCAUUCACGCCGGAAGACAGGCGCAUGGUCGAGGGCAUCGGCAACGGACUAAGCCACGCAGUUAAUCUCUUGCAUUUAUCCGAUAAUCCAUCACUCGCAAUACCUCAAGCAGGACCACAUUCUCUCGACAGCUUUUGUCCACCGGAUACAAGCCUUCGGCAACUGCGCGGUGCCCAGGGAAGUGACGAAAGAUUCGGAAGUGAACGAACGCAAAUCGAUACAGAACUUACUUAUACCUCAAAUCCGUCUAACAAUUUAGAGGGGUUUCCUAGAGUCCCUUUUGAUGAUGAAUUCCAGUCGCUAAAAAGUCAGAACUUAUCUCAAGAUGAGAGUUUAGCAAGGCACGAGUCGGCACUUCAUGACAUGAAACACAAGGUGGAGUACCAUGAAAAGAAUAACGCUGCUCUAAUUAAAAGAGUAAAAAGUCUGGAGAACGCCCUCACUGAGCUGGAAGGGCGGUGUAGCAAUGGUGUAUACUUCUGGAGAAUCAAAAGUUAUUCAAAGUUUAGAAACGAGGCCGAGUCGGGCGAGGUAACGGCAAUUCAUAGUCCGGCGUUUUAUUCUAGUUGUUUUGGAUAUAAAAUAUGUAUUCGCGCAAACUUAAACGGAGUUGAUUCCGCCAGAGGAACACAUCUCUCUAUAUUUGUUCAUUUUAUGCAAGGUGAAUAUGACGAUAUCCUGGAGUGGCCCUUUAGUGGUCGUAUAAUGUUAAGCGUUCUGGAUCAGAACCCGACCUGUGAGUUACGAUCGCACGUGAUGGAGACUUUGGUCGCCAAGCCAACGCUGGCAGCCUUUCAGCGCCCCACCACCCCUCGUAAUCAUAAAGGCUUCGGCUACAUGGAAUUCCUUCCACUAAGUGUCUUGGAUAAUUCUUCGUACAUUAGGAAUGAUACUUUGAUAAUCAAAGCUCAGAUCAUUGGGAGAUCGGAGUGAGUGUAGGAGUGCGCUUGUAAUACCCUGGUAGUAUUAUUAUUAUCAUAGUGUGAUAACUCAGUUUGUGAAACCAUUAUUUUGUCAAUAUUUAAGUUGAUUGUGUAUAUCAUUAACAGAGAAUGCUUGAUUAAACCCUGGGAUAUGUAUCAGCCAUUUUCCUCACUGUUUCUAGUUCGUGUUGUAUUAGUUUUCAACUAUCCAGAGUACUAGUAUAUUAUUAUUCAAGAGGUGUAUGUACACAAUUUGGUUUACGUGGUUAAACCUUGGAUAAACCGUGAAAAUCGUGA